UUGCUGUCAACAGCUAAAACUUCAAGGAAGCAUUUUUGUAUAUGGCUGAAAUCAAGAGAGGGUCUAGUAGCAUAUGCAAAGAACAGGGGAGAAUUUAACAGCUCAGGAUGUCGUCUGAGGAGGAAGACCAGCCAGAGACCCCAACUGGCUCCCCUUGGUCUUGGAUUCCGUUGAUGAAAGAUCCUGGUUGGAUUCGAAAUGUCUGGACUCGCAAUCUAAAUGUCCAAACCAUGAAUUACGUUGGACAGUUAGCAGGGCAAGUAUUUGUAACUGUGAAGGAGCUCUAUAAGGGACUAAACCCAGCCACAUUGUCAGGAUGUAUAGAUAUAAUUGUUGUACGACAGCCAGAUGGAAAUCUUCAGUGUUCCCCUUUCCAUGUACGCUUUGGGAAAAUGGGAGUUCUACGUUCUAGGGAGAAAGUGGUUGACAUAGAAAUUAACGGAGAGGCUGUAGACUUGCACAUGAAACUAGGAGACAAUGGAGAGGCUUUCUUUGUGCAGGAGAUGGAUAAUGAUCAGGAGGUAAUUCCUUUUCAUCUUGCCACAUCUCCCAUUCUGUCUGAGGGAAGUGCUUUAAUGGAAGUUCAGCUGAAGAGGAACUCCAUAGACAGGAUAAGAAACCUGGACACCAGUGCAUCCUCACAGCUAUCACCCCAAGCCUAUGGAUCCCAGCCUUUGACUGAAACAUCUCCAUCCUGUAGCUCUGUGAAAAAAAGGAGGAAAAAGAGGAGGAAGUCUACCCAUAAAAUAGAUAGCUUAAAACGAGAAGGCAAUGGAGACACCUCAGAAGAUGAAGAUAUGUUUCCUAUAGAGAUUAGCUCAGAGGAAGAAAAAGAACCAUUGGAUGAUUCAAGAAUCCCUGUUCCAGAUGCGUUUCUUGAUGAUGCAUCUGUCAUGAAGGCUCCAGCAGUUACUACAUUUUCUCAGUCUGCAUCUUACCCUAAUUCAGAUGGAGAAUGGUCGUCUCUUCAAAGUAAGCCUAUAGAUUGCACAGGGCAAUCCUCUCUUCUCACUGCUCCAGCAGAUGGAGGCCUAUCUAGCUCUUGUCCUCAACAGUCUCUUCACUUUUCUCCUCCAGUCAGCCUAUCAGGUUCACGCCCUCCUACUCCUCAAAGUGAUUCAGAAUUAGUCAGUAAACCUACAGACAGAAGUGGAUCGAAGAAUAAUCCCCACAUGCACUGGGCAUGGGGAGAGCUACCCCAGGCUGCAAAGGCCAGCUUUCUGCUCAAAGCAAAGGAACCCAGCAUAGUGGAUGUAAAUCCUUCUGAAAGCACUCACUUUCGGGUCAUCCAGAGUUCUCCUGUAGAGGAGUUUGAGACUGUAGCUCCUCUACCUGACCUUGGACAAGCAGGUGCAGCAACUGCUGAUGAAAGGGAGCCCUCACCUGCUGAUGCAAAUAAGCCAGAGUUAGAGUCUCCAGGAGCAGCUGUGGCACCAUUGUCUGCCAAUGAAGAAUUAAAACAAUCUACAGCCUGCUCAUCCCAACCAGCUGGCAAGACAGAUUCCCCUUCCAGAAAAAAAGACAAACGAAGCCGGCAUCUUGGUGCUGAUGGUGUCUAUUUAGAUGACCUCACUGACAUGGAUCCAGAAGUUGCUGCACUUUAUUUCCCCAAAAAUGGGGAUAAUGUCCAAAGCAAGAACACGAACGAUGCGGGGCCUCGGUCUGCCAGCAACUCCCCACAGUCUGUUGGGAGCUCAGGUGUUGACAGUGGAGCUGAAAGCACCUCGGAUGGAAUUCGAGAUUUGCCUUCCAUUGCCAUUUCUCUCUGCGGAGGCCUUAUUGACAACAAAGAAAUAACCAAAGAAGAAUUUUUAGAACAUGCAGUAACAUAUCAGCAGUUUGUGGACAAUCCUGCUAUAAUUGAUGACCCUAACCUUGUGGUUAAGAUUGGAAAUAAAUACUACAACUGGACAACAGCUGGUCCCCUUCUGCUGGCAAUGCAGGCAUUCCAGAGACCUUUGCCAAAGGCUACUGUGGAAUCUAUAAUGAGGGACAAGAUGCCCAAAAAGGGUGGAAGGUGGUGGUUUUCAUGGCGAGGGAGGAACAGCACUAUUAAAGAGGAAACAAAGCCAGACCAAGGUAUGAGUGGGAGUGGACUCACAGGAGGCUCUUCACAGAUGAGCAUGGCAAACAGGAUAAAAGAUGAAUCUUCUUCAAGUGACGAAGACCCCAGAGCUGCUAAACAAAACCUUGGGUCAUUACAAAGCAACUCAAGUCAUCUCUCAUUAUUGUCUGGAAUUGGUUACAAAAAAACACUUCGACUCACUUCUGACCAGCUUAAAAGCUUGAAACUCAAGAAUGGCCCCAAUGAUGUCACCUUUAGUGUUACAACACAGUAUCAAGGCACUUGCCGCUGUGAAGGAACUAUUUACCUGUGGAAUUGGGAUGAGAAAGUUAUUAUUUCUGACAUCGAUGGAACAAUCACACGGUCGGAUACUUUAGGUCAUAUUUUGCCUACUCUUGGAAAAGACUGGACACACCAAGGAAUUGCAAAGUUGUACCAUAAAGUGAGCCAAAAUGGGUAUAAAUUUUUGUAUUGCUCAGCACGUGCUAUUGGCAUGGCAGACAUGACCAGAGGAUACUUGCACUGGGUCAAUGAGCGAGGAACUGUGCUGCCUCAGGGGCCAGUGUUGCUGAGUCCAAGCAGCUUAUUCUCAGCUUUACACAGGGAGGUGAUAGAAAAGAAGCCAGAAAAAUUUAAAGUCCAGUGUUUGACAGACAUCAAAAAUUUGUUUUAUCCUAACACAGAACCCUUUUAUGCUGCUUUUGGAAACAGACCUGCUGAUGUUUAUUCAUACAAACAGGUGGGAGUUUCUUUAAACAGGAUAUUUACAGUUAACCCCAAAGGAGAGCUUAUACAAGAGCAUGCAAAGACAAACAUCUCAUCUUACGUCAGACUGUGUGAAGUGGUAGAUCACAUUUUCCCGUUGCUGAAAAGAAGCCAUUCUUCAGACUUCCCUUGUUCUGAUACCUACAGUCAGUUCACAUACUGGAGAGAACCUCUGCCACCUUUUGAAACUCAGGAUGAAACUCCAGCCUCAUCUUAAGUGCAUCUCCAAACUGUUGGCCUCAGUUCAAAGAAUGAGUUAGCUUGUAAUGGAGGGACACCACUUGACUUUUGCUGUUGACAGUUCAGGUGGAAUCUGUGAUGUUGUGAGCAUUGUUUUCUUUUGCUGUGAGCAAAUUUCGAAAUGCUUUUUCAUACUUAGACACGUUGCCAGAUGACAAGAAGGUGUCUUAAAAAGAGUAGGAGUUGCAUUUCUAGCUCUUCACCCAGCUCCUCCAAUUGUGCCAAACAGUUCCAUUAUCUAAGAUCAAAUAAAAGUGAAGUGAUGUUGGAGUUGCAGUGAAACAUGCCAUAAGGUUGUAAAGUGGUUCUGUAUCUUUUCUGUGUCACUGAAGUCAUCCUUCAUCUCAUCAGAACCCCCUGCAAGUGAGAUAGCUGAAGGUGCUCACCAUUCCUGACAUCAUCUGGUGACAUGGUUGGCAAUUGCAAUCUAUAUGUUAAAAAUCCAAUUUCUGAAGGAGCAAAUGAUCCUUCCUCUUUCCCCUUGCUUGACCAGCAACAGUUUAAGAGUUAAUUACAGCUGUAGAUCCUCAGCUGUUGGAAAUAAGUGUAGCUAUCAAAGCCAAUUUGAACUGUGUUGAUUUAUCCCAGCUUCUUGUUUUGACAUGGUAAUACUUUUUUGAGGAAAUACAUGUUGUGUAAUCCAAAUAGAAAGCAAAUGAAAUAGAUGGCUAGAUUCUGGUAGUGUUUCUCAGUUUGAGAAUGUCUAUGCUUCAGGAAUAGCUGUUUAGAUUAAGGUAAGAGUGCAAGUGGGAGGGUACAGGCUACUGUGCAAAGUGUCCAUCUUAUUGAAAUCAGCAAUUUUCAGUGAAGACAUCUUACCUACAGAAUGUGCUGAGUUUCAAGAUCAUUACUGAGCCAAGAACACUGAAGAUUCUGUCAAAAUUGAGUGUUUUUAUUUUAAACAUUAUUUUGGCUAAAAUGUGAACUUUGAUGCUAAAGAAUGAUGCAUCUCAGGUAUUUACUGUAUGGAUUUAUUUUGGUUUUGUAUCAUAAAGAGUAGAUACCUUUAGUGCAAUUUACUGUCCUUCAAGAUAAUGAAAUCUCUUCUUUAAUCUUUUUGUUGUUGUUGUUCCUUAUUUGUCCAAACACAAGCUGUAGAUACUUUUUUGUCACCUGCUUUUGAGAGCCUUAAAGACCUAACUGUGUGUGCAAAAAGCAAUACUGCAGAUCUGUUGAUCUGUUGAUAAUGUUUUCCAAAUGAUCUGCCUUUACAUGAUGUGGUACUUGACUUAAAAUGUAGACAUCAGAGACCAUAUGCCAAAUGAUUCUUAAAUGUGCUGGUAUCUAGGAUAACUUUUUUUCUUUAAAAAUAUAUUUAAAUGCCCAAUUGGUCUCUGAAACACUGAAAAUGGAACAGUGUGUUCCAUGUUUAUUGUAUUUCAAUAUAGCUUAAACAGUGGCUCACAAGCUGUGGUCUAUACCAGCCUGUGAUCUGGGAGGCUAUGGUACAUGUUUUGCAGCUGCUUAGUAGUGUUUUCGUUUAAUAAUAGAACAGCAGAGUGGUCCAGGAGAAAUUUUAAGAUGUGAUUGUGGUCGUUUAGCACCCAAAAGGUUGGAAACAGCUGCUCUGUAUCACAUUUGUUCUGUUUCAGAAAAUUCUGGUUUUGUGUGUCAUGAGUGAUUGUGACAUAGAUAGGAGGGUGGUUCUGCAGCAGAGGUUUUCUAACUUUCCGUGCUGCAGACUUUAUCUGGGAUGUCAGGGGGCCAAUUUAUGACUUGUCUGUGCCUUCAAUAGUAAUGAAUGUAAGUGCUUUAUCCAGCUCCACUGUGCAGUGGUGAGCCCUCCCUGAGUCUUUCUUUUCACAUGAACGUUGCUGCUUUGAACAAGGUGCAUGUCCCACUUUGGAGAUACCAGGAUCAGGCAAAAACAAAGAGGAAAAAGUGCAUACAACUCAGACUGAUUAAGCUUAAAAAAAUGCAAAUAUCUUUUUACUUAAGAUUGGAAUUAAUGUGUUAUGAAUUUUCUGAAAGACAAUCAGUGGGGACUACAGGUUGCAAACCAGAAGGUUACAAUCUCUAAAUACAGCCAUAUUUUAAGUAUUCUUAAAUACUUGUCAUUAAUGUUUGAAUAAAUGGGUGAAUAUACUGACUGCAUCCUAUUUUAGUUCAGUUUUGGUAAAGGCCUAUUUCAAGCCAUAUAUUGUUCAAAAGAGAACAAACCUAAUUCUUCUCUUCAGUAAGAGGCUGUAAGUUUUGUGUUUUAUCCUAAGCAGUAGUUAAGCUCUGUUUUCCUAAGGUAUGACAUGGUGGCUUCUACCAUAAUGGGCAAUCCCUGAAAGUUCUCUGCAUUUAAAUCCUGUGAUAUAUUUAUUUAUUACUUAAUAAGUAGCGAAUCCGGGGCUGUUUGUUGCCAUAAGUAUUUCAAACCAAAUGAUAGUUUGGAUGGGUGGUGAUUUUAAUUCUGUCAGGUGUGUGGGCAUAGUGCAGCACCAGUACAGGUAGCCCUGAGAUGCUGCGGAAUCUCCGUCUCGGUUUUAUUUUUGAGCCUGGGUUAGAGUUAUGGCAGACUUGAUCUAAUGCUGGCAAUCAUCUGCUUCCAGCAUGAAGUUGGACUGGAUGACCUCAAGGGGUCCCUUUUGACCAGCACUUCUGUGAUCCUGCGAUGUGAAAUGCCUUACUUCUGCCAUAAUGUGUACUGCUUUGUAUCUGAGAGUUGAAAUGUAGCUGAAUAGUGAAAAGCCUGUGUGUUUCUAUAACUAAUGCUUAUCAAACCUUCUUGCAGAAAAAACACAAAAAGCAAAGUUUUGACCUGCUAGAAACAUCUCCAUGUUUUUCAGAGACAAUAAGACGUGUUGAUUUGGUAGCUGAGUGAUUUUAUGCAUAAUAUUUAAACUGCUUUGUUAAUUCAUGUAGAAGAAAAGGGAUGGUUUAACAAAUUCCUACUCUUUCUGUGAAAGAAAAAAAUUAAGCCUUAUUUGAAGUGUAUCGCUGGUUUCUGUUAAAGAAAGAAUUUUUGGGUAAGAUAAAUAUGCGAACUCAUUAAACCACAGUAUAUUCUAUACAACGCACAUAAACUAGAAUAUGCAGGAGUGAGGGAUAACUAGUAUUUAUAACUAGUAUUUAUAUGUGAGGGAAAGAAUACCACACUUACUGCAUUAGUUAUGUUGAAGUUAAAAUGUUACUGCUGUAUUUUGAGGAAGGAGAAGAAAAGAGGAUAUUGGGAAUUUUUAAUUUGUAGUUGUGGAUUGUUAGAUCAAAGCCUAUAUAUAUACAGUACUCACUCUGUGUAUGUAUGUGCUACUGCAAUGACAAAAAUAAUUUUAACACCUCAUUUUGAUCUGCUGAAUGCAACAAGGGUAGAAAUAUAUAUUGUAAUAAAGGCAAAUUUAAUUUUUUUCCUGA